CCUAUAUUUAGCAUCCAGGAGCAUGCAUAUUGAUAGCCGCGAAAACUGGAUCGCCGGUCCUCUCCUCAUCGUUGAGUAGUACAUAGGUAACAAAACAAAACAAGAAGGAUCGACGGCCAUGGCAUCUUCUUCACUUAGCUUCAUCCUUUCUCUUCUCCUCGCAAUCGCUGCCACCGACGCUAUCACUGUCCACCUUCUCAACAAGUGCCCCUACACGGUGUGGCCAGCCGCCUUCCCGGUGGGCGGCGGGAGCAGGCUCGACCCGGGCCAGGCGGCGGCCAUUCAAGUCCCCCCGGGCACGGCGGGCGGCAGGAUUUGGGGCCGCACCGGCUGCAACUUUGACGCCAGCGGCCGUGGUUCGUGCGCCACCGGCGACUGCGGCGGCGUGCUCGCCUGCGCCGCCGGCGGGAAGCCACCCGCGACGCUCGCCGAGUACACGCUGGGGACGGGCGGCAGCCCCGACUUCUACGACAUCUCCCUCGUCGACGGAUUCAACGUGCCGAUGAGCUUCCGACCCGUUGCCGGCAGCUGCCACGCGAUCAGCUGCGCCGCGGACAUCAACGCAAAGUGCCCGCCGGAGCUGAGGGUGGAAGGAGGCUGCCUGAGCGCCUGCGUCAAGUUGGGCGUCCCCCGGUACUGCUGCACGCCGCCGCUUACGCCGUCGACCUGCGGGCCGACCGACUACUCGCGCUUCUUCAAGGGGCUCUGCCCGGACGCCUACAGCUACGCCUACGACGACAAGAGCAGCACCUUUACCUGCCCCGUCGGAUCAGACUACCAACUCGUCUUCUGCCCGUAAUUAAUAAUGUAAUAAUUGGAUGGAUAAAUUAAGUUAAUCCGUAAUUAAUAAUGUAAUAAUGGAAAUAAUGAUGACUGAUGACUCCACAAAAAAUUUCUAUGGGAAGACUUUA